CAAAAGUACAAAAGAAAGAAAAUAAGGAGCAAAGUAUGUGAAUAUUAUCUUCUCACCAGCUGCAGUUUACAUGCCGCGCGUUUCCUGUUAAUGGUGUGACAUGAGCCUCGCUGCUCAAUUUCUGAUUGGCUGUCUGUUGCCAAGCGUCCAGCAGCAACAAGCAAAUACCGCUCCGUUUCACACUGAACAAACUUAGCACCGCAAUGCGGGGUUAACACCACAAAUGCGGUAUAUAUUCAUAACCCCGGGUAAAAUGCGGUGCUAACACCGCUUUCAAAUUACAGGUGUGAAACGUGUCUUGACACGGGGUUAAAAGCGGUGUUUAGAACGACGAUAACCCGGGGUUAAGGGCAGUGUGAAAAGCCCUAAAGUGCAGUUUUUAAAGGCGUCCGUUAUUUAAAUGAGCUAAUGUGAACCAAUAACAUUAUAGGGUUAUAGAAUCCAGUCAUUUUAGUCUGUAAUGACAGCGACAUAUUUCGUUUUACUUCUGUAUUGUUUUAAGUAAAAUAUCCUAUGUAUAGCCUACCAUAAUUGCUUUAUUAUGUUAAUCGACUAACCCUCGCGUCAAAACUGCUCGUCAAAACCACCUUUUUACUACGGAGGAGACGAUUCUCGUCGGAGACUGCUAGCAAGAUUCCUGAGAUCUUCAUUUGGAUUGAAUCCUUUCAUCUGGACUAAAGCAUUCUUAAGGACAAUACUCAAAACAAGAAUUUGUACAGCUUGUGGUACACUUUCUAUAAACUAUUUGCAGCCAUCAGUGGAUCUACAGGAAAUAAAGGAAUAUUCUGUCCCAUUAGUCUGAAACAGCAAAGCCUUUGCAGACCAACAGGAGAAUAAUUUGAAAAGUCUUCCAGCAGUUCAUAAGAGCCGAAAUUGAAGGAUCUUCAGUUCUCAUGGUAGAAUAAGAGACCAUAAAGAAAAUAAUGAGCAGUGAUUUAAGGGCUAAAGGAAUAUUUUUAUAACUCAAAUUCAAACACAAAGGUUAAAACUGCUUCCUUGUUUGUUCUGUGGCAUUUAACUUUCUGUGCACGUCAACAUACUGCACAAAAAAACAAAAAUAAAACCAUUAGAAACAGUCACAAUAUGAAUUACUGCUCACAUUUAUCAGCCAUGACCUUCACAAAGGCAAAGCAUCACCAAUAUCUACAACUAACAAACUAAAUAACUUUUUUACCCAAGAUUUUUUCAUGGAUUAAUUGAUCCUUUAUGCUAAGAAUCAUGUAUAGAUGAUAUGAAGUGCUGUUGAACCAUGCAACAUGGAUCUGCUGAACAGUUCAGAUGAGUUCUUCCUCAUCAAUGCCACAGUCAGUCCCACAACCCUGGAGUCCUGGGAUGACGCUACACUCCUCAGCCUACAGAUUUCCAUCUCUGCCAUGCUAGCUAUCGUCACUUUGGCCACCGCUCUGUCCAACGCUUUCGUGAUCGCUACCAUUUUCCUCACACGCAAACUUCACACCCCCGCCAACUUCUUGAUCGGCUCUCUUGCAGUGACAGACCUCCUGGUAUCCAUUUUAGUCAUGCCGAUCAGCAUUGUGUACACGGUCAGUAAGACUUGGACCCUGGGUCAGAUCGUGUGUGAUAUCUGGCUAUCAUCUGACAUAACGUUCUGCACAGCUUCCAUUCUGCACCUGUGCGUGAUCGCGCUCGACCGAUACUGGGCCAUUACCGAUGCUCUGGAAUACUCGAAGCGUCGCACCAUGCGGCGAGCGGCGCUAAUGAUUGGCGUAGUGUGGGUGAUCUCGGUCUCCAUCUCCUUGCCUCCUCUCUUCUGGCGGCAGGCGAAGGCCCACGAGGAGCUCACGGAGUGCAUGGUCAACACCGACCAGAUCUCCUACACGCUCUAUUCCACAUUCGGUGCAUUUUAUGUUCCCACGGUCCUCUUGAUGAUUCUCUAUGGGCGUAUCUACGUGGCGGCUCGCUCCAGGAUCUUCAAAACACCAGCGACCAGCGGAAAACGGUUCACCGCUGCUCAGCUCAUCCAGAACUCGGCAGGUUCUUCACUCUGCUCGCUGAACUCCACUUCUAAUCAGGAGGGACAGCUUCAUCCUGGAGGAGGAGGAGGAGGAGGUGGUGGAGGUGGGGGAGGAGGGUCUCCUCUUUUCACGAACAGUGUGAAAGUGAAGCUGGCUGAUAGCGUGCUAGAAAGAAAGCGUCUUUGUGCUGCUCGGGAGAAGAAGGCCACCAAAACUCUUGGGAUUAUUCUGGGUGCGUUUAUAGUGUGCUGGCUCCCGUUCUUCGUGUUCACGCUGGUGAUGGGGGUCUGUAAAGACUGCUGGUUUCAUCCUGUGCUCUUUGAUGUGUUCACCUGGCUGGGGUACCUCAACUCGCUCAUCAAUCCAGUCAUCUACACUGCCUUCAAUGAUGACUUCAAACAAGCCUUCCACAAACUCAUCAAGUUUAAAAGAUGCUAUUGAUGUUACACGCCUCUCAUGUGUUUUGACACGUUCAUGACUUAAUUAUGACAUAGUUUUUCUGCGGAAAAUAUCUGAAUCCUGUGAACGUUCAUCGUUCAGCUGCUGUCGAGGACCCAACGUACCUUGCCAUUCGUUUUUCAGUGAGCUCCUAAACACGCACAUAGUGUAUGGUCGAUGUAUAUUACUGUUCUCAUGAGACAGCUUGUAAAAUAUUGUGCCAUAUUGUUGAUGCUUCCUCGUAGUUUAUGAAUGCAUGCAAAGAUUAUGAAUCCUUCACUAGAGAGCAAUGUUCUACUGUCUCUGUAACCAAUAGCUGUCUAUAAACUGCCUUAUUUACCAGAAACAGACUGAUAUUAAUAUGAAAGACUAUUUAAAAAGAACACAAAUAAAUAAAGGUUGCUGUUCCCAUAGGAACAAAUAUAUGGGUCCCCUGAGGACAAAGCUGAAGUUCAUGGACAUUAGCAUAGACUCCCUAAAUAAAACUGUUCAUUAUAUAAGAUUAAACAAAGCUUUAGGUUUUGUAUUUUUGUGUGACAGAACUUUGCUGUCAGUUUCCUCUUUAAUUUUCAUGCCAGAGUUUGAAGAGUUUUAUGAUCAUGAAGAUGAAAAAGAGGCU